AUGACAUCCUAUGAGUGUGACAUAUGCUCAUCAGUCUUCAAUGACUCGAGCAAUAUGCGAAGGCACAGACUCUUGACCCAUUCAAACGAGAAAAAAUAUAAAUGUAAUGAUUGCAAUGCCCUUUUUACCAGAUCUGAUCACUUGAAACGGCACCAACAGAGUCAUAAUAGAAAGGUUGAAAGGCUGGUUUGUGGAUUUGAUGGGUGUAAGAAAUUCUUUUCUGAUUCUUCCAAACUUCAAACACAUCGGGAAAUUCAUAGAAAGAAGCUAGAUGAAGAUAUGAUAAUUAUUAAGGGUUUCACAGUUUCGAAAAUACAAAAUAACGGUUACUCUCAUUUGGUUUGUCCUUUUGAGCAUUGCGAUAGGAAGUUUAGCUCAUAUUCCGGGAUUAAUAAACAUAUAAAAAUUCAUCUAGAUCCUGAACUCAGGAUUGAAUUGAAAAACAAAUCAAAAGUUUACUCUUGCGAAAACUGCUACAAAACUUUUGAUAAGAAAAAGAGACUUCUUUCUCACGUUGAGAAAACCCACAAUUCAAAUGAAAAGGCAGAAUCGAACGAAACCAAACUAAUAAACGACAGGACCUUUUAUGUUUGUCCUCACGAUGGCUGUAGAAAGAUAUACACAACAGUUAGUUUUUAUUUAAGUAACAAGUAUAUUCAGAGGAGCAAUUUAAAAAUGCACAUUCUAAGGAUUCACGAAGAUAAAGUUGUUUUUAAAUGCGAUGAUUGUCAUAAAUCCUUCAAAUGGAAGAAAUCCUUAAAGUUACACAAGUGCAAUAGAGACUAG